AUGGAUGGUGGAUACCCUCAGGAACAAUCCCAUUUAACAAACAAAUGGUUCAGCUCAAAGUCAUCAAAGAAGAUACCUCUGACUGCUGUUACUUCUGUCAUUGAUGGCUUGAAAAAACUUUAUAUCGAAAAGUUAAAGCCUUUGGAAGUUACAUACAAGUUCAAUGAUUUCGUCUCCCCUUCGCUGGUAGAGAUGGAGUGCAAGGUGAAGCAGUUUACAAUUGGUUGA